AUGACAACACUUGAGGCAUCAAUCAAAUUUGUAUCCAAAGCCAUCGACCUUCAUGAUUUCAAACAUGCCUUGAAACCGUUGACUGUGGGUGUUUCUGGACCUCAAGGCUCGGGUAAAACAUAUUUGGCGUCGCACUUGACCCAGACGUUACGAGAUAACUACCCCAAACUAAGAUUCAUUCAGUUCCUGGUUGAUGAUUUUUAUCUCAAACGCUCAGAGCAAGAGAAGGUAACCCAGGAAGCAGCACAAGAUGACAAUAAGCUACUUUUCGGAAGAGGUCUACCAGGAACGCACGAUUUGAGUUUGUUACAAUCGGUUCUCCACCGGAUUUGUAACAACUACAAAAAUGAUUGGGUGCCUGUAACAAUUCCUUUCUAUGACAAAUCGGCGUUUGGCGGCUUGGGAGAUCGCCUGAGUACGGAGGGGUGCACUCUCAACGAACCAGUCGAUGUCGUGAUUUGUGAAGGUUGGUUCAAUGGUUUCAUGCCAUUGGACCAGAAUUUGUUGAGCAUACGAUACUUCACAAGCCCAGUUGACUCAAUCUUACAACGUCACAGACUAUACCAAUUGCAGGAUAUAAACUUACGGCUUUCAAAGUAUUCCUCUAUUUGGGAAAUGUUUACACACUUUGUUAUUCUACAAACUGACACAGUCGAGAAUGUUUACAAAUGGAGGAUUGAGCAAGAACAUGCUUUGAUUGCUUUGAAAGGCCAGGGAAUGUGUGACGAGGAGAAAGCAUUUUCAACACCACCUGGAUCACACAUUGAAAACGAUAUGACCACUGAGACAGAAUUAACCGCAGAUGAGAUUGCAUUGUACGACAGGCAAAUCAGAUUGUGGGGGAUGGCAACCCAGUUGAGACUACGGUCAACGAAAAUCUUAGUCAUAAAUCUCGGAGCAGUGGGGACUGAAUGUGUCAAAAACUUGGUCUUGGGUGGAUUGAACUCAAUAGAGAUUCUUGACAGCUCCGUUGUUAAAGAGGAAGACUUCACAGCCCAAUUCUUUUUGCCAAAUGAUUUGUCUAUAGUGGGACAGUUGAAAUUGCCAUUGGUGGUUGACAAUAUCAAGGAAUUAAACACCAAGGUUGAUUUGAGUAUCAACACGACGCACUUGGAUGAUGCACUUUCAAACCCUAACUAUUUCAAAAAAUUCGAUUUUGUUGUUGCUACGGAGAUUAGUAAGCCCCAAAUCUUUCGACUUAAUGAAAUCACGAGAAAGUUGAACAUUCCACUCCACGUAAGUGGGAUGCAUGGAUAUUUUGGUUACAUCAUAGCCGACCUCAUCCAACACACGUCCUACAACGAAUACAAUAAAAGUUCAAAACCACGGAAAGUGAACGUGGAGAUGGCACGAAACAAAAAAAUAACUGCAGUCAAGCCUGAUCGUGAAAAGCACGUUGAUGUGGUCACUGUUGAGGAUGUGUUUUCCCCGCUUGAACAUGUAUUCCGCUCACAGGAAAUCGCAAAGUACGCAAGCCAGAGAGAGUUGCGCAGGUGUAGCGUGUUGCCGAUCAUCUUUGCUUUAUUUGACAUCUCCAGGCCCUCGAAGCCUAGUGACGAAGUCGAUAUCGAUCUAUUGACGGAAAAGGUGAAAGAAACAUACAAGACUUUGAACCUACCUUUGUCGUCGUUUUCGGAGGAUGACAUCAAGAAAUUGAGUCAACAAGCAUUUGCUGAAUUUUCGCCGACAGCUGCUGUAUUAGGUGGAACUUUGGCCCAAGAGGUUAUACGAUUCUUGAGUAAAAACAACACGCCUAUGAACAAUGUUAUCAUAUUGGAUGCGACAAAGGCCGUAAUGCCAAUUUAUUCUAUGUGA